GAGUCAGUCACUCACUGAACUAGAGGCAGAGUCGCUAUGGAAUUUCAAUGUCUUGAAAAUGUGGAAAUAACAACAAGACAAGUGAAUUCACAAAACUCACGUGAUAACAAUCAAAAACCGACAACAAUUAAUGUUUCACUUCUCGUGAUCUUUGUCACUUGAAACUCAAUUUUAUGUUCUUCUUCUUCUCUUUCUCAUAAGAAAAAAAAAUGGGUUCUGUUUCUUUGAAAAUUGGUGAUGGAACAGCAAGAUUCAAAAAAUCAACACUUUGUUCUUCAGCUGUUAACAUUCUCAUGAUCUUAUCCGUUAUCACAACCAAUCUUUUUGCUCUUUAUGCUUUCACUUCUUCUCCAAAAAACAACCAAACCGAACAACUUCACCAAGUACACAAAAACUUCUCUCUCAUCUCAGAACAAGUUUCACUUAUACUCAGAGAAAUUGAUCAAUCUCAAAAGAAACUAACCCAGAUUGAAAAACAGCUUCUUGGUUAUGAAAGUUUUGAUCUUUCAAGACCCAACAUUGCAAAAGAGCUUAAACUCUUUCUCAACCCUCAUAAACUUCCUUUGGGUAAAGAUUCCAAGACUGGAAUGACUGAAAUGGUUUCAUCUGUGGGUCAUUCUUGUGAGAAAUCUUCUGAUUUGUUGUCUCAGUAUAUGAAUUACAAAGUGUUUGGAAAUUGUCAAGAUGAUUGGAGUUUUGCACAGAAAUUGAUUUCGAAAAGGUGUGAGCCUUUACCUAGAAGAAGGUGUUUUGCUAAAUCUGUUUCUUCUAAGGUAAAUUAUCUUCAUCCUUUUCCAACUUCACUUUGGAAGCCUGUUAGUAACAAAACUGUUAAUUGGAGUGGUUUUAGUUGUAAGAAUUUUGAGUGUUUGAAUGGUAAGAAAUUGAAUAGAGGUUGCAUGCAUUGCUUUGAUUUGGUUAAUGGGUAUGAGAAUCAAAGGUUUGUUAAGUCUAGAAGUAAGAAUGAUUUUCUUGUUGAUGAUGUUUUGGCAUUAGGAAAUGGUGGAAUUAGAAUAGGAUUUGAUAUUGGAAUUGGUUCUGGAUCUUUUGCUGCUGUAAUGGCUGAAAGGAAUGUUACAAUUGUUACUAGUACUCUUAAUAUUGAUGCUCCUUUCAAUGAAUUUAUAGCUGCAAGAGGACUUUUUCCUCUUUUCUUAAGCUUGGAUCAUAGGUUUCCUUUUUAUGAUAAUGUGUUUGAUUUGGUUCGUGCUACAAAUACCUUGGAUGAUGAUGUUGGUAAAAAACAAGAGAAGUUGGAGUUUUUAAUGUUCGAUGCUGAUCGAAUUUUGCGGGCUGGUGGUUUGUUUUGGAUUGAUAACUUCUAUUGUGCUAAUGAAGAGAAGAAAAUUGCAUUGACAAGGUUGAUUGAAAGGUUUGGAUAUAGAAAAUUGAAAUGGGUUGUGGGAGAGAAAGUUGAUAGUGGUAAGUCUCAAGUUUUCUUAUCGGCUGUUCUUCAGAAGCCUGUUAGGGUGUAAACAAGUGAGAAUGUACUGUUAAUGUUUUUGCUUCUGAUAAUUCUCUCAUUCACACAACAAUUUGUGUGAAUGAUUUUGUUUCAUAAGAAGUGGAACAAGUGCAUGAAUGGCUGUGUUUCAAGUACUGUAAAAUGUUUUAUAUAUCUUCUUAUGGUACUAGUGAUUUUGUAGUCGAUAGCUGUAUUAGAAAACUAGAAGUAAAUUAUAAUUUUUUUAAGUCA